AUGUUGCCUAGACUUGAUUACCAAGAAAAGGUAGAUGGUCCUGAUCAUGAUAAGAGCAUUUGGUGGUUUCUUGACAAGUCACUGGAACUCCACAAAGCACCUGUCUUAGAAAUCUUGCUUAUCAAACUUGGUCCAGGGUGUCCUAGUGAUGCUGAUGUUGGAAAGUGGGUUACAAAGGCUGUUGAUCGCCGCUUGGUUGAGCUAAAAUUCAAGCUUUGCUGGUCCACAGGUCCAACCAGAUUGCCCAAAAGCCUUUACACCUGCGAAACACUCGAGGAACUUACUCUCUCUCACAAGAUUCUUGUGGAUUUCCCUUCUUCUUCUUGCCUCCCGUCCCUUUUAACUCUUAAACUUUUCUAUGUGGUGUAUAAAGACGAGGCUUCCCUUGUUAGCUUUUUGGCUAUCGAUACUCCGGCAGUAAUAGACUUUUUUAUCGUUGAUUUUUCAAGAGACUCUUGGUCGAUCGAGAAUAUGCCUUGUCUUAAUGAGGCAUAUAUCGAUGUUUGGUCUUUCCCUGAUAUUGACAAGUCCAAAACAUCUAUUUCCAGGGUCUUGUCCCUUGAGUUGUUUAUGACGACCGAAGAACUUGUGCGUUGCAGCGCCAUCAACUUCUCUCGACUUAUAAAGUUAAGUAUCUGUCCAUGGAAAUCAGACUGGUUGGGACCACUCCUACGUUUACUUGAAAAUGCUCCAAAACUUAAAGAUCUUUUGGUAAAUUAUGAAUAUGCCUUUCACCCCGUGGAACGGAUCCCACUUUCAUGGAACCAACCGCGUUCUAUUCCUCGAUGCAUGUCGUCACAUCUCGAGAUAUUUGAGUAUAGAGAAUAUGGAGACAGAGUGGAAGAGGAAGAAUUCUUGACGUAUAUCCUAGCUAACUCUAUGUGUUUAAAGACCGCGACAGUCUCUGUGAGACCCGGCGUUCUUAAAAAGAAAGAGUUGACAAUCGAGAAGUUGAGUAAUAUUCCUAGGGUUUCGACAACAUGUCAACUUUUGCUCAAAUGA